UUAAUUACUUUUUGAAUAAAUUUAGCGGGAAAUGCCUUGGAUUAAAUAUAAAAUUCAUGACAUUUCGAUUCUCAUUUCUCCCUGACAACUUGACACUUCGAUAAAAUUAAAUCGAUAAAUUGUCAUUCCAACGGCUCGAGUGACACGCGGCCAAUAAUUCAGAGUUAGUCUCGACAUUUGAAACUCCCUCCAAUUCCAUUAAAACUUUUUCCCACACUUAAUAUUAGUACAAACGUUUAAAUAAAAUCGGAAGUCAAUACUCAAGAGCUAUAUAAACCCCCGACGGAAUUACAAUGUCCCCAUUUGCUAGAGCGUCAGGGACGAGUUCACACCUUCCGAUUUUUCCGUUUCAAUCGAAAAUUUAUUGCAAUUUACUGUUAAUUGUUAAAAAAAAAUUAAAAAUAUGAUUUUUCGCAAUAAAUUUUAUUUUUUAUUAUUCAUGACAUGUGGAUGGGGCUGGACAGACGGGAUUACCCCAUCGCAAUGUGACAAUUCCACAUUUGGAAGGCUUUUGUUUACGCUGUAUAACGACGUGGAAUUCAUGAACACCAGGAAAAAUCAAUUGAACAUCGACGCGGCUUUUGGAUUGGCUCUAGCCGAAGCGAAUAUCGCCGCCAUCCUGAGGUCAGACGAUAGAAAAUAUUUAAACGAUAAACAUCUGAAUUCGAUAAUUGAAAUUCGUGAGUUGGCGAGGGAAUCCCGUAAAUUUGUCCGGGAAAAUUUGAAAACCGAUACCGAUCGCCGAUUUUCAGAAGUCCUGACUAGAGUCGAUUUGUGGAUUCGACCGAUAUCUUGGAAAAAUCAUUCAUCGCUGGUGAAAUCGGCACCCGAUCGACGCUCUGUUGGAGAUCUGACGCAUGCGGGAACUCCUGAUGAACAACAGAGCGACCACUGCCUGUUGAUUAUUAUUAAUCAAUUUCUUACGGGUAAAUCCUGUCGAUUAUCAGAGGAAUGUCUCGAGAUAAUUACCAGGAACGAUCGCUCCAGGGGAUAUGCCAUGACACAUCGUUUGUUAAUUAGUCAAGUGGCGAAUGCUUUGAGGUGUGAGAAAAAUCCGUCGAUGGAUUCUAGACAAUUAAUCGAAGAUCUCUGUGGAAUCAUUCAUCAAGAUCUCCAGGAGUUGAUGGCCUCGGGUUUUCCUGGAGUCGGAGUGGACCUCGCAAUCGAGCAAAUAUUUCUCUGUGGGAUGGAGGGCUAUUCAGAAUUCGUCACGAGUCGUUACAAAAAUUUUCUCCUGAAUCAACCGAAUUCCCUCGGGUGUUUCUCAGCUAGCGGAUUUCGGAGGAAUCAUCGCAUGAGCAAUAUCUCUAAAAGAUCAUCGAAUCCCAUGGAUUUUGGGUGCGACAAUCACACGUGUGGAGUAGCUGCUGCUGCUUUGAGUUUAUUGCUCAGAGAGUGCAUUGAAAAUAGUCAAUUUUAUAUCAACAAAUAACGGGUAAACAAAUAUUUAUAAGAAUCUCCGGGACUUUUAUUUUAUUAGCAAUUUUUUUUGGAGAGAUUCCCUAAAAACCU